GGAUGACCCCGCUGCUCCCCGCCCUACCAGCCCCAGCUGUCAGCUCCCUUCCUGACUUCCCCACCCUGCCCCUGGUACCAUGGCGUCCAGCGAGGAGGACGGCACGGUUGAGGAGAAGGAAAACAACAACAAGAAGAGAACGAAAAGCGCCCUCGCUACCGCAUGGCUCACCUUCUACAACAUCGCCAUGACCGCCGGGUGGCUGGUUCUGGCCAUGGCAAUGAUGCGCUUCUACAUCCAGAAAGGCACACACAAGGGUCUGUACAGAAGUAUAGCAAGGACGCUCAAGUUUUUCCAGACCUUUGCAUUAGUUGAAGUUGGACAUUGUGCCAUUGGAAUCGUGAGGACUUCUGUGAUUGUAACUGGGGUUCAAGUGUGUUCGCGGAUUUUCAUGGUUUGGUUCGUCACCAACGGCAUCAGACAGAUCCAGAAUGAAGAAAGCGUAAUCCUAUUCCUGGUUGUGUGGACGGUGACAGAGAUUACCAGAUAUUCCUACUACACAUUCAACCUGCUCAACCACCUGCCGUACUUCAUCAAAUGGGCCAGAUACAACCUCUUCAUCGUCUUGUACCCCCUGGGAGUCGUUGGAGAGCUGCUCACCAUUUACGCUGCUCUGCCGUUCGUACGUAGAACUGGAAUGUACUCCAUGAGGCUCCCCAACAAGUAUAACGUGUCGUUUGACUACUACUACUGCCUCAUCAUCGUCAUGCUGUCCUACAUCCCACUGUUUCCUCAGCUCUACUUCCACAUGCUGCGGCAGAGGAGAAGAGUGCUUCACGGCGAGGUCAUAGUGGAGAAGGACGACUAGACAAGCUCCUCCUCACGCCUUCGUUUGAGCCAACCCGCCUCCACGUCGCCCUCCCCUCCACCGCCGCCGCCUCACCUCCAUCUCACCUUUAGCACCGCCGGCCGUUACAUUCUUCAUUGCACGGGACCUGAAGAGCCGCACAGCUGACGAGAGCCUGCGAUGAUCAGAAAACCUCAACAGGAGUUCUGACUGAGCAAUAACUACUUGAUCUGGAGUAUUUCUUUUCCUAUCUGAAUGGUCAUAUUGGAAACAUGUUUACAGUCCCAGUGCUGCUGGAGCUCGAGACAGAAGUCGUGUCUCGGCACUGAGUCCUCUUUUCAUCCAACCGGCCAGCUUUCCUGCAUCUUGUUGCACCGAAGCAUCGCCGCCUGACAGAAACGAGCACUGAGCCAUACCUGAAGGAGAAAGAAGCAAAUGUGAAAUGGACGGAAGAUUGUAAGUCUCCCGAAUUGUCCCCCACUUCACCCUCCAGCCCAUCAAAUUGGCUUUUUUUAAAUUUCUAUUUCCAAGUGUUUUCCACAACAGAUUUUCUAUUUCAAAUAGUGUGGCUGUAAUAAAACAAAGGUUCUAAAAGCAAGAAUAUUCAUAGUUCUAUCAUACCUCAACAAUAAAUCUACAUUUAGACAAUAUGCUGCUUCUUUUGUGUACGUUUGUUUUACCUUAUAUGUAAAUGAUGCAAUGUGAAAUGAGCGGUUAAUAAAUAAGCAUAUUUCUUAAUUUAUUCACAUACUGUGUCACUUAGAGCAAGCACAGCUCAAACUUAACAAUUUGUCUGCCUGGCUCAGCUCCUGCAUUCUUCUAUGUUGUUUUGAUGUUUACUAUGUCAAAUUAAUUUACAAGAGUGCAUCUUAAACGAAAAGUAGAAGCUUUUUUUCUUUUUUUUUCCUGUAGGCCGCUGACUACAAUUCAAAUUUAUGUGAGCACUCGCAGUCUUCAGUCUCUGUAUUGUUUUGUUUUUUAAAGAAUCAGGUGUCCGUAUUGAUAGAAAGGUAGCUAGACUCCCUCCUACUAAAGGUGCUAUUGUAAGAUCAUUUCAAUCUUCUGUGCAGCUGAAGGAGUGACUGUGACGGAGUUGACCUAAAGCAGGAAAACAGGAUGUGAAAUGACUGGAAGGACGUGUUAGUUAAUAAACUGCAUAGCCCAUGGUUAUCGAAGAAAACCAACAUUUUUUGCUUUAUAAUCUGGGUUAGAGAGGAGAACACAAUAAAAGCCAAUGUCAAAUUCAAUGGGAAAGUUAUUUUUCAAGGGGGAAAAAAACAGUAGAAAUGUGAAUACCUUUUUGUGCAAAAUCAAUAAACUAAAUUCUACAAUA